AUGGCGAAGCGCACUAAGAAAGUUGGCAUCGUGGGCAAGUACGGCACGCGUUACGGCGCCUCCCUCCGUAAGGUCGUGAAGAAGCAAGAGGUUUCUCAACACUCGAAGUUCUUCUGCGACUUCUGCGGUAAGUACGGCAUGAAGCGUAAGGCUGUCGGCAUCUGGAGCUGCAAGGGGUGCAACAAGACCAAGGCGGGUGGUGCUUACAGCCUCAACACCGGCGGUUCGGUGACUGUGCGCUCCACCAUUCGUCGUUUGAGAGAGGCGACUGAAAAGUAA